GACAAGCUGUACUGGGCGGUGCUUUUAGAAUACGUACAAACAAUUGUCAGGACAGGAUAUGCUCCUUUGGAGUUUUAUGUAGAAGGUUUCAGGAGUCGCACACUGAAGUCUCUAGUGCCAAAGCUUGGUAUGAUGGACAUGGUGCUGGAGCCAUACUUUAAAGGUGAGGUGUUUGAUAUUACCCUGGUGCCCAUCAGCAUCAGCUAUGACAGAGUGCUGGAGGAGUCAUUGCUUGCACUUGAGUUGUUGGGUGUCCCCAGACCAAAAGAAAGCAUCACCGGACUCUUUAAAGCUAGCGGAGUCCUGCAGGAAGAUUAUGGCUGCAUGCAUGUGAACUUUGGCCGCCCCCUGUCUGCCCGACAGCUGUGUGAAGGAAAGAUAAAUUGGAGUGAGUACAACCUCAUACCAAGAAAUCUUCCCCAGAGGCCAACUGCAGAGACCCAGGACUGUGUGAACUGGCUGGCCCAUUUGAUUGUACGAACCCAGGAGGAGGGCUCUUUGAUCAGCCCUUGGUCUCUGAUGGCCUGCCUGUUGCUCCAGACUCCAUUCACAACUUUAACGGAAGAGGGUCUGCAGUGGCAUCAGCUCACAGAAAAAACCCUCUGGCUCAGGAAGCUGGUGCUGGAUUUCGGGGCCCGUCUGAACUGGCCUGCACACAUCCCAGACUCAGAAGUGAUGUCAUCCACCGUGGCUCUUCAUCACUCCAUUGUCCAUCAUAAAGAGGACCGUAUCUACCUGGUUCAGGAUGAAGACCCUGCGAGGCAAGAUCCACUGAGCCCAGAGGAAGGUGUGAUGAGGAUGGCGGUAGUGGUGCUGAUGCUGGUUUCCUACAGGAAUCAGGCAUUGCAUGUCUUUGUGCGUCCAGGAAUACUUGCUACAGCCAUCCACAUCACAAAAAACACACGGAAGGAUGAGCUCUUCAGCUUUUUCUGCUUCCUGCGGGACGUCUUCUCCAAUGAAUUUAUCUUUAUCCCUGGCAGGGCAGUGCAGGACUUUGAGGAGGCAUGUUCACUCCUGCAGAAAUGUGGAGCAGUCCACAUCAGUCAGCAGGAAGUGACCGUGUUGGAAACGGGGCUGGAAGUUUUAUCCUUUCUGCAGAAGCUGCUGCAACCCUUCUUAGACUCAUAUCAGCUGAUGUUCAGGUACUUGUGUGAAAAGGAAGAUCACGUGUUUACUGAGGAACAGUUCCUACCUGAUGUCCGAAACCUGGCUACAAAACUCAUCCUCUCAGGUGACCUUCGCACCUUUGAAGUCCUGUCUUCUGACACACAGAAAAAUGUUCUUUCUGCACUGCGGAGACUGGAGGCGGUGACGAAGUUGAGGGUGUCCCAGCAGAAGGAAUACAAAGUGAACAAAGCAGCUGUCAGCAGAACUGGUGACAUACUCUCUGGGAAAGUCCCUCUUGAGAGCCUCCACACUACACCUGACGCAAGGCUUCAGUGUCAAGUGGAAUAAAUUCAUCCUCAGUAUCAGCUCACAGCCCCCUCCCCAAAUGAACUUACCCGUCUAUUCGCUACUUCUACCUCAUUGUCAUCCCUGUGGUCUCUUUAUCUUUACACAGUCAAAUCGGUACAAAUACAGUCUGUGCUCACAGGCAAAAUACUUGAUCCUUGAUGCCGGCCAGACUUAAUCUACUGAAUGGUGGCUACCACUCUGUCCUUUAUAGACCUGAGAGGACUGAGAUGAAGCUAAACGCCCUGCAGGAUAAAUACUGGUAAUAUAAAGGUGGCCUAUUACUGAUUUUGUUUCACUUUAACCGAAAUCAGUAGGUGAAUACUAACAUUUAGGUUAAGAUAACUGUACUUUCCAUUGCUGAUCUUGUGUUUUUUGUUUUUUUUUAAUAUAUUGCCAUAGAUGUAUUGUUUACUUCCAUAGAUGUAUGAUUAACUGAGAAAAUUAAUAAGAGAGCACUUUAAUUAAACUUUGUUUCCAAUAAGAUUUGGCAUAAAACACUUGGUUGUAUGUAAAAGAAUGUUGCAAUAAGGCUCUAAACACCAUAAAAAGCA